GACCAUGAACGCGGCGUGCGUGAACACGGAAAUAGGCGUGUCGUAAACAUUUCUGCCCGGGUUUUGGGUGCAAGAUGAUCUGUCCUCUCAUACAAUUAUUUAUGUGAGCUUGCAUUUGACAACAUCACGGACAUGUCUGAGAAGGAGCUGAAGGAAGCAUUUGUCAGUAAUCUCAAUGGGACAACGUUACAAGAAGUAGUAGUGGGUUCAUUCCUCACCCCACUGUGCAUCCUCAAUAGAGCGCUCAUUCUGAUCCUCCACCAUCAAGCCAAAGGGAAUCUCCCUCUGCCAUGUCCUUGGAUUUCUCACCUACUUCUAGAUUUUUCAGUGCUGGUCCUCCCCCUCGUCCUGUCAUGCACCAUCCUGAGUGACGUUCUUCCUCAGGUGGUCCUGAGUUUAACCUUUGUGUUGUUAUGUGUGCUCUGCCACAUCUACCGUACCCAGCGUCACACUAACCCAGGGGACUUCCUCAGCAGGACUGUUCACUUCAAACAGCUUCCCUUCGUGACAAUCUUUAGAGUGAUGGUGAACGUGCAAACGGCCAUCAGUAUUCUCGCCGUCGACUUUAAAGUCUUUCCGAGACGAUACGCUAAGUCGGAAACAUACGGAACUGGCGUUAUGGAUUUUGGUGUUGGGGCCUUCGUCAUGGCGAAUGGUCUGGUUUGCCCGGAAGCACGUGGGAAGAACGUGUCUGGAUCCAAGCUGAAGCACAUCUCUAAACAGAUCCUGUCGGUGUGGCCCCUGGUUGUUCUCGGUGCAGCACGACUUGUCUUUGUCAAAAUGAGCAGCUACCAAGAACAUGUGACUGAAUACGGCGUCCACUGGAAUUUUUUUUUCACACUAGCUCUUGUGAAAGUUCUGACUUCAUUGCUUUUAGUCGCAUUUCCAACAAGAAAGUCGUGGGUUUUAUCGCUUCUCAUCAGUGGAAUGUAUCAGCUUGCUUUGGAGACAACAGACCUCAAGGCUUUCAUCAUGAACAACAAUGACAGAGGAAAGGACUUCCUGCAUGCUAACAAGGAGGGGAUAUUCUCUAUAUUAGGUUAUGUUUCCAUCUACAUGGCAGGAGUUCAGAUUGGAUGCUAUGUGAUGCAGCCCAGAUCCCAUGUUAGAGACUGGAUCAAAGCCAUUUUUAACCUCCUAAUGACGACUAUGGCGCUAUUUUCCGCUUUGUGCACUUGUCAGACUUUCAUAGAACCAGUGUCUCGCCGCUUGGCCAAUUUUCCUUUCUGUCUCUGGUGUGUCGCCCAAUCUCUGCUUUUUAUAUCCUGCAUUGGCGUUGUUGAUUUGAUUGUACUUUUUUCCCAGGCAUGGUCCGGCUGCCGCUUUGUACCAUCGUCAUGGAAUUCAAAUUCAGGCUCGGACAAAAAGAAAGACGACAUGGAAAAGUUGUGUCUUUUUCAAGCCAUCAGUAGGAACCAGUUGUUAUUCUUCUUGCUGUCAAAUGUAUUGACGGGUUUAACCAAUUCGCUAGUCAAAACACUUGAAUGCAGCAAAUUAUUUUCUGUAUGUGUCCUGCUGGCUUACAUGUUCAUGAAUUCCGCUGUUAUGUAUGUUUUACAUCUCUGUGGCAUUACAAUAAAAUUUUGGUAAACAUCA